UACACUGCAUUUCUAGCCUUGCAAUUUUUGAAUUUGUUAAUUAUAUUAUACGGAUACAAAUAUUUUUGUUUUUGUUUGGAAUAUAAAUAUGUUGUUAACUUUAAAUAGGAAUCCAAAGAAGAAAAACAAAAACAAUACACCGGAGGCGGUACUACGCCGAAGGUCCUAACUCAAUGUGGCAUAUCGAUGGCCAUCAUAAAUUAAUCAGAUGGCGUAUGGUGACCCAUGGCGGUAUCGAUGGAUAUAGUCGUUUGCCGGUAUAUUUAAAAUGCUCUACAAAUAAUAAGGCUCAGACCGUUGCAGAGUCAUUCACCCAAGCCAUGCACCAGUAUGGAAUUCCCAAGAAAGUAUGUGCCGAUAUGGGUGGAGAGAAUGUAAUAGUAGCAAAUAUCAUGAUGCAACAUCCUCAAAGGGGUGUUGGCACAUUUAUUACAGGUCGGAGUGUGCACAACCAAAGGAUUGAGAGGUUCUGGAGAGAUGUGCAUACAGGUUGCACUUCAACAUUUUACAACCUAUUCUAUAAAAUGGAGGAUUUAGGUUUACUGAACACUGAUUGCGAAAAAGAUAUGUUUGCGUUGCAGUAUACCUUUUUGCCGAUUAUCAACAACGGACUAGAAAAGUUCAGGCACAGUUUUUCUCGACAUAAAUUGCGAACUGAAAAGAACAGGUCACCAAUGCAGUUGUGGCGUAGUGCUUUCAAUGAUAUCGAAUGGUUUGUGGAGAAUGAUUUGCCUGAAAACUUGAGACAUCAGGAAAACGAAUUAAAUGUAGACAGAAUCCUGGUUCCCAAUGAACUUGACUUGACCAAUGUACAACUUGAGAGGAUUGCUGAUGAUUUUCCAUAUGCAGUCAGAGAAUUGGCAAGUGAAGAGGAACAGAUAACAUAUUUCUCAUCACUGAAAGAGUUUCUGAACACGAUGUAA